GUGGUACCUGAGUUCCGAGGCGCGUGCUGAGCUUGAGGUGAGGAAAGUUUUCGACACCUUCGACGAGGACGGCAGCCAGACCAUCGACAGGAGGGAGCUGAGCGUCCUGAUGAGGGAGUUGAAGCACACCAAUUGCACGGAGGCCGACCUCGAUGAGUUAAUGACUUACAUCUGCAACAGCUCACCGUCUGAGGAUGGCUCCAGCCCCUCGCCGCCGGAGACGGAGGACCCCCGCCGUUCUGAACGGCAAGACGGUCCCCAGCGACCAGGUCAUCACCUACGAGCAGUUCGAGGCGUGGUACACGAAGUCCCUCUUCUUCCGCGAGAAGCUUAG